AUGGUGAGAUCAAGUACAUCAACAAAAAUUUUGUAUGUCGGAGUGAACAAUGCAUUCAUUAAUGUAAACACUACCACUCAACACUUGAUGGAUGAGUAUGGUCGUGUACGUGUAUUCCACGGUGUCAAUGUAGUAUACAAGAUUUUCCCAUGGCAUCCAUUGACCGACAAGUUUGACCCACAAAACUCAUUGGUACAGGAGGAUAUCGAUAAUAUGGUUGCCUGGGGUUUCAACGCCGUCCGUUUCGGUGCAAUGUGGCCAGGUGUCGAACCAGAGAGAGGUGUAUUCAACCAAACCUAUCUCGAGGUCAUCUAUAACAUGGUCAAUCAAUUGGGUUCCGCCGGUAUUCACACAAUCAUUGAUUUCCAUCAAGAUAUUAUCAAUAGAAGAUUCUGUGGUGAAGGUAUCCCAGAUUGGGCUGUCGUUUUACCAGAGAGCACUUUAUCAUUCCCAGAGCCAGCUGUCUUACAUAAAUAUCCAGUUGACAACGAAACCUUAUAUCCAGACUUGAGCUUAUGUUUAGAUAAAGAAUUUGCUACUUAUUAUUUCUCCGAUGCUGUUGGAGCCACUUUCCAAAGUUUAUACGACAAUGCCGAGGGUAUUCAAGAUGAAUUCCUUAAAUACUGGCAACAAUUGGCCAAAACUUUCCAAAAUGUCUCAACCGUUCUCGGUUAUGAAAUCAUCAAUGAACCAUGGGGAGGUAACAUUUACAAGUACCCAGAGCUUUUGGUUGAUUUAGGUCAUGCCGACAGAGUUAAUUUAAUGCCAUUGUAUCAAAAUGUAAAUGAGGCAAUCAGAGAGAUCGACCAGAGACACGCUAUUUUCUAUGAGAAGAGUUUGGUCGAUCUCUAUGACUCAAAGUUCCCAGCUGGUACACCAGGUGGUAUCGAGUACAACGAUCGUCAGAUUCUCAGUUAUCACAUCUACUGUGGUAAUGUCGGUGGUAAUCCAAGACACGUUGGUUUGUGUGACAGUGAGAACAAGGUGUUCCUCGACGGUGCAAUGACCGACUUGAGAAGAACCGGUGGUGGUGGAUUCAUGACUGAAUUCGGUGCCAUCUCAAACACCACCAACGCAAUGGACACCAUCACCUACAUGAUGAACGAAGCCGACAACUACUUCCAAUCAUGGUGCUACUGGCAAUUCAAAUUCUACAACGAUUUGACCACCUCUGGACCAACCGAAUCACUCUAUCUCGCCGAUGGAUCACUCGACGUCAUCAAGGUCAGGACCUUGUCCAGAACCUACGCACAAGCAAUUGCUGGUUCCCCACAAAAAAUGACAUUCGAUAUUCAAACCGCAUCAUUCACAUUUAGUUAUGAAAUCGAUACUUCAAUUACUCAACCAACUAUUAUUUAUUUGAACGAGGCUAUGCACUAUCCAAAUGGUUACACUGCCAGCAUUACAACUGGAAGUGCCCAAAUUUCAUCACCAUCAACCAACACCAUCAAUAUUACACCAACUACUUCCACACUCAAUGGACAAUUGAUUACCAUCGAAAUUCUUGCUAAAUAA